CUCCAAUGGGUCCUAAUAAGAAAAGUAUUCAGAAAAAGACUAACAAGAAAGUAAAACCCAAAAAAGUUGCAAAAGGAGUUGCGAGGUUAUCAACUCAUAAAAACAACAAAGUGAAGGGAAAACGAGAAACCCCAAAUGAACGUUCUGAUAGAGCUGAACGUGCUAACAAAAUUUUGAAAGUUACGGAAUCGAAGAAGAUAUGGGAAAAGUUGAGGCUUCGAAAACUUGACCCGAAAGAACGACAAAACCAGAUUGAGAAAAUUCUUAAUCUUUGGAAAGAUAACUUGAAGAAAGCUUGUCUGCGUCCCGACACUUGUCGAGUUAUUCAAAGUGUCGUUAAGUAUGGGAGUGACCAACAGAAGUCAUUUUUGGUCCGUGGCCUCGUUAAGGAUGUUAUAGAACUCUCAAAAGACCGUUAUGGUCACUUUAUUGUCCUUAAACUUUUUCGAUACUGUUCUAAUGAGCAGAUUGGUGAGAUUCUGGAUUCUUUUCGUGGUCAACUAGUAUCCCUAUUGAAGAAUAGAUUUUCUUCGGAUGUUGUUGAUUUCUUUUUUCAAGCUGUGGCAAAUGCUAAACAAAAGAAAAUUUUAAUGCGGGAACUGUAUUGUGCGAACGAACGUCAGAUUUUGACCAGUAUGGGAGAUUCAUUGAAAGAUGUUUUUUCUCUCAAGUCGUUUCUCGUUAAGAUAGGCAGAGAAUUUCAUGAAACGAUUUUCAGUUCAAUUAUAAGUUUAUUGGAUAGUUUUUCAAACAAUGCUAAACUGAUGCAAUGUGCACUUGUGCAUCACUUGGCAAAGGAAUGUUUUGAAGAAGUGAACGGAAAUACGCGGAAAGUACUUGCUUCUUCACUUAUUUCACAUGGCUCUGUGAUGUUGCAUACUCGUGAAGGUUCUCAAGUUGUCAUAGAAUGCAUCAAACUGGCCGAUGCUAAAGAAAAGAAGCAACUGUCGAAGAGUUUGAAAGCGGAUAUUGUAAAAGUUGGAGUAAACGAAUGCGGACACAAAGUACUUUUGUCUCUAAUUCAUUUCACAGACGAUACCGCAAUGCUGGAAAGUGUGAUAUUUCGAGAGAUUAUUCGGAAUGCGAAGAAUCUGCUGACUGACAAAUAUGGCCGUUUACCUAUUUUGCAUUUACUUUGUCCAUCCUCGCGACGAUAUUUUAAUCCUUUAGCUUACUCAUUUCUUAGUGAUGACCUGAAUGGAACUGAAGUGAAAAAAGACUUUGAAACAAGAAGACAGGAGCUUUUGAAUCUGAUUAGGUAUCCUUUGGAAGAUGCCUUGCAGAAGAAUCUGCUAUCGUUUGUUUGUAAUAGUUUUGCAUAUGUGGUUGUAUUGGAGUAUGUAUUAUAUAUUUUUCGAAAGGGUGAGAAUAUUUCAAAUUGGCUUGAAGCUAUUGAGAAUAUCUAUUGUUUGCAACUCGAAAACAAGAUGCAAGAGAAUAGUUCGACUGUGAAAAGUGAUUCUUUGACUGUAGAAACAAGAUUCCCUGCUCGUAUUUUGCGCAUUCUUUGUAAAACUCUAAAUACUUCAGAGGUAUAUCAACACAUAUUGGAAAGAAUUGGAAAGUACAAAGACAUUGUACAAGAUGUAGAAGAACGACGUCUAGCCUCAACUAUUGAUUCUUUCAACGAAUUAUCAUGAAUUGGUAUAUAUUGAAUAUGUUGGC